UUUGAUAGUGUGUGCGUAUGAAUUUUGAUCACUUUAGGCUCAAUCAAAGAAACGAAUUCAAACUGGACACCGUGGAUUUGGUCUUGGCCAUUGUGCACCGACACACAGAUAAUCAUAUGGAUUUUCAUGUUUGAUAAUCGCGAUUCGUAUCGCACUUAACGAGAGUGCCCAGUGAGUAGUCGAACAGCAACGGAGCACAUCAUCAGUAGCUCACUGCUCUGCUCGGUAGAUCGCCAAGAUAAUCAAAUCGCUCCAAAAUCGUGUCACUUAUUUUUGUGAAGACACACCAACGAAAUACAAAAAUAAAGUCAAUUUCGCGAAUUGUGCAAUUCAAUUGAAGUAAAACAGUCAAAUUGGUGUGAUUGAUUUGAAGCGUUGGAUUUUGUUGGUUGUUUUUUUUUUCUUCUUUCGGGUGUUAAAAUUCAAAAGUUUACCUCGUAAUCAAGGUUGAGCAAAAGAAUGAUCCGUGAAAUUUAGCGUAUAAAAUAGCUGCAAAAGCUUUAAAAACUGUGAAAAAGUGUUUGAAACAGCGAAAAAACCUCGUUCAUCAUAGAAAGUGAAUAGUGAAUAGCAUCAAAAGACGAUGCGUGGAAGUACGGCUGGUUUAGCGGAGGGCACCAUUAUAACACCGGAUACGGUGCAUGCCGCAUUUUUAGUGUUUCUCGAUGUAAUGUUUUCGUCAUUGUUAGCCGCACCUGCUGUUAUCGCAUAUUGGCGUGGCACUUGGAAUUUAAUCACAAUUUUUCUAUUCCCCGAUGAUGAGCUGCUCAGUGCGAUUAGUUCAUGUUUUAUCGGUACCGUGGGCCAUUUCAUAUUUUACUAUUACCAACGAAGGUUUAGCAAAAGCUUUCAUCCCGACAAGCAUCGCAUCACAUUCAUGAUAAUCUCACGAAUCUAUACGGCCAUCUAUGGUGUUGUUUGUGUGAAUAGCUGGCGUGGUGGAUGGAACCUAAUGGACUUGUACAUUCCGAAAAAGGUGCAUGCAUAUUUUGCAAUCUUAAUGAUUAGCUGCAUUCUGUUGGCAUUUUGUAAAGGGUUGCGCAACAUUUCCGCUUCACCGCUUGCCAUUUCAACGGACCAUUCCAAAGACUAUUUCACUGUGCCAACAAUGUUCAAAGCAUCGCCGAUUAGCGAUCCCGGUUUCUAUUUCAUGGAUUGUACAUUUUCAGUGUUGGUAAUCGGUACGUUAGUUCUUUUCGUGUGGCGAAGUAUGUUUGCAUUGUGUGAUUUACUCAUUUAUCCGACUAACGAAAGCCAAUCCGCUUUUUAUUCGCUGGCGCUGGGUUAUGGAAUCAUAGCAGUGACAUUUGGUCUGCAGCCUCUGUUGAAGUGGGCAUGCGAUCGUUUGACGGGUUUUUGGCGAUUAGCUGUUGCCGAUGUGUUCUUGUUUCUCGGCUUUGUUGGCACGGCGAAUGUGUGGCGAGGCUUAUGGGCCAUACUUGAUAUCUACUUUAUACCAGAUGAACAGCUCAUCAGUAACUUAAUAACGCAUGGUGUCUCGAUAGUCUUUCUGGCCAUGUUGAAUUGCUCAAAUUCAGUGCUGGUGCGAGGCAUUUAUAUAGACGCCGAAGAGCCGGGCGGUCAAUGUGUCAUUUUUCCCGUCUAUUACAUUCGAUUUUAUUUCCAAAAAGAACGAACCAAAAAACAACGACGAUUGCUCGAUGCGGAAAAAGGUCAACAGCAACAACAAACGGAACUACUGCUGGAAACCGUCGACAAAAGUCAACCACAUAUCGCGAAAAAUGCAAACGGUGAACACAAACUCGUCACAUAGACAUCGACGACAACAACGACAAUGGAUUAAUUCUUCCUGUCACAUCGCUAAUUGGCAAUUUGAAAUUUACAAAAACAAAAACGAGAGAGAGAGAAAAAAAAAAUUGAAAUUGUCGUGUACUAAUUUCCUGUGACCUUACCAACGUUGUGAUACUUGGCUUUUUGAUUGAUUGCUUUGUAUUUGUUUCGAAUUGACCGCCCGAGAAAUUAUUCUUUCUUUCUUCUUCUUCUUCUUCUUUUGUUCGCUUUUUUCCUCGUCAAAUGAGACGACAAGCAAAAUCAAACACAAAUCACAUUCUCGAAUUUGGUUUUAGUACUUAACGGUAAUUGGGUUGAUUUAGGGGAAACAAAUUUAAUACACAAACACAUUGCAAACGCACGCAGAAAAUACGGCGAAUCAUUUUAAUAUCAAAAUUGCGAGAAAAUUUGAAGCAAAUUCAAAGCGGACAUCCAUUUUGGUUUUCCUUCUCGAAUAUUUCGAGAUGCAGGGAAAAUCGAUUACUAAUUAACUAGUCGAUCCAUAGAGAAUCAAAUUGCAUUCAAAAUUUGAAUAUGAACAUAAUGAAUUUUGAUGUGGAAAAACUCCAAUGACUCUAAAAUUACGAACGAAAAGCUUUCUGAGCCAAAUAAUCAUAAAUUAAUUGAAUCGAAGCAUCCAAUUUGUGUCCUUUUAUCAAAAUUUAAUUUCAUUCCGCGGAGUUUAAUUCACUUUUGACCUACUGCAGCUCAACGAAAAAAUCACUUCCAAUCAAAUGACAAUUUAUUCCUUAAUCAUAGCAUAUUUAUUUAUAUAGAUGGAAUCAUCUGUCAAUUUUACAGGGCCAACUUUUUUCAAUGUAUAUAAUUUUACUAAUCAUUUAUAUUGUAUUCUGGAUAAAAUUCGUCAUUUAGCUAAUAUAUUUCGAUGCCAAAAUUGAAGCAUGUUCAAAACCUAAUUCAAGAUUAUUUUAUUUAAGUUUCUUAAGAUUGAAAAAAAAAAUCCCAGAGAUAACUUCAUCAAAAUUGUUGACUAAAUAUUUAAGAACUCAAAUGAUAGUAUACGAUAUGUUAAAUGAAAUAAACAAAAACACAGUUACAUUUUUGAAUCUCAA